GGGAGGGGUGCCUGUGGGCCUGGCUGGCUCUCUGGCUGGAGUCAAGGCGCCAGGAGUGGGGGCGACUCGGUGGCUCAAGUGCUUCUCCUGCUAAGGUUGGAACGAGCCGGGCUGGAGAAAUGUGCAGAACGCGGUCGAGCUGAGCGACGAGGCCUUAUGCUUGUUGCUUGUGGCAUUGACCUGGUGUUGCGAGACCGUGGAGGAGAUUGCGGUGGUGCAGCACUCCGCAGGCGGUGACUGAGGACGAUGUCAGAGCCAUCCCCGAGGUCCAGGUCUCCUCCUGCUGCUUAUUAUCGGAUCAGUGUCUCUGAAAUUGGACUGCUCUCAUCAACCUGUCUCUGCGCUACUUCUCUGCUCUGACUGUUCUUCCCAGGUGGCCACCAUCGCUCGAUCGAAGAGUUUGGGAAUUCGCAUGAAGUUUCUUCUUUACGCAGCUGGGGACAGGAGGUGAUUGAAGGUUGAAGCUUAUAUUCGUCGACGCACACGAGGGACAUAUGAUCAAACACUUGCCCCUGGGGUUCCAAUAACAGGUGGCGCUCAGGAAACGCAGUGGACCAGACUGAAACAGAAAUCGGUGCCGGCGUAACUCACUGUAGGUCACUGAGGGAGAAACUCGUCUCCUUCACAGAAACAUCCAGAAGAAUUUAGACUGAUACAUUAUAUCACAGUCCUAGGGUUUGCUUUAGAGGGUGUGGGAGCGACAUUUUGAAGGAAAACAAGGAAAACAAGUGACAAUGUGUCCCAUGCGUAUCUUUCUGGUUUUUUUUUCUGCCCUAUUGGCUAGUUACUUGGCAUGGAGAAACUACAACAAGACCGAGGAGUCUGGCAUAUUGGAUUACACGGAAGAUGAAUCAGAGGUUUUCGGUGACAAAGCUGAGGAGAACUCUGCAUCUGAGGUUUCUACGAAGCUUCGCUCAGGAUUUUGGACCUUCAUCGACAUGGCCACCGGAAGGUACUUGUGGCAAAACUUGAGGCCUCAAACGAAAGCGGAGGAGGAUUUGUGUAGAUAACAGGUCUUCAUUCGCUGAAACUGGUUCAUUAUGCCCUUCUUCAUCAGUUGAACUGGGUUCGAGGCGUUUCAAAACGAACGGCUCAUCGCUACAUAGAUCUCGUCUUCAGGGGUUCAUAAUCACCAUAUUCAACGCUGCGUUGUAUGUGACGAACAUUGACGCCACAACCCCUGGUGUUGUUAUGGAUCUAUGUUCUACACUGGGUGUUUUGAACUCCGCACUGUCUUUCCAGAAGUUGGAAUUCAAAAGUCUCAGCCACAUAGUGUUCUUCUUGAACCUUGUCCCUGUACAAAAUAACCUCAGGACUUGUAUAUGCAGACUGUCAUGGGUGUGAGACGAGUGUCUUUCAGGAAAUUUUCAGAAAUAUCCAUUCAUCCUUCAAAAAGUUGUCGAGGUGAACAUGCCCGAUUGGAGCUGUUUUGAGCAAGUUUGCAAUUCUUUCGCAACACUCAGACACUAGCUAGUUGAUUUUGACAGGGCAACCUAGGCUUAGUCACUUCAAUUCUCGACUUAGGUAGAAUCUUUGCCAUUACCUGUCCUAAAAUCUAAUUUACAAUAAGUGCGAAUCGCACGAUGUAGGCGUUACCGUAUCUAUGAAGGACUUCAUGACUGAUCUGUUUGAUUCGCAGGCAGUCUGGUUU